CUUUCUGUCGCAGCACCUUUUACUUACUGAGGCAUUGUGCCAUUACUUGCCUUCUACAAAUAGCAAUGUUUUUCUCAAGUAUAUUCACAAAAUGCAGCAAAAAAACAGUACGUUUUUUAAUAUCUCAAUAUUUUGAGUUGCAUACCAAAUCCACAUUAAAAGCAGCCCCCCCCCUGCAGAGUGGACACUGAAAAAUGCAGCAGUUGACAAAUGCACAUAAAAAAUGACACAUCAUUAUGUGUCAAUGUGCUAAUAACCAAUUAACUAUCCUUCUUUACCCAUCAGAUGCUCAGUGCUCCACAAAGAGUAAGUACGAAGUACAAGUCCUCUCCUCCAGUAAAGUAACUAUUCAAGAAGACUCGUCCUUGCUGCUCAUUGGAGACUUUUUCCACUGCUGUAAUAACAGCUGUUUCGAUCCUCUAUCACUGAGUUUUUGUAAUUUCUUUCUCAAUGUGACACAGCAGAUAGGUUUUCUCUUUGGAGACAGACUGGAUCGUCUUUCACUUAACCCUAUCAGACUUCUCAGCAACUGUCAGGGCAUGCUGAAGAAAAAGGAGUUGCUGAAACGUUAGGAUGGACGAACGGCAGAAGGAUCAGCCGGCAGCAGACCAGAAGAUGAAGGACUCUGGGAAGAACUCUGAACAGCAGCCAGUCACAGCGUGUCUGUUCAGCGCAGCCUUCUUCGGGGCCCUGGGGUCAUCUUUCAUUUACGGCUACAACCUCUCCGUGGUCAACGCUCCUGCUUUGUACAUUAAAGCUUUCUACAACAGGACAUGGAUGGAGAGGUAUGGGGAGCCCCUCGGAGCGGAGACCGCCACCCUCCUCUGGUCCGUCACUGUGUCUAUAUUUUCUAUCGGAGGCCUCCUCGGAGCUGUGUCUGUCACCAUGAUCCUCAAAAUACUGGGAAGAAAGGGAACCUUGCUGCUGAAUAACAUCUUCGCUCUAAUAGCUGUGCUGCUGCUGUCCCUGGGUGAAAGUGCCAAAUCUUUUGAGAUGCUCAUCAUUGGUCGGUUCAUUAUCGGGGUGGACUCUGGUAUAGCUCUCUGCGCCCUCCCAAUGUACCUGGGAGAAAUUACACCGAGACAUAUCCGAGGAUCCAUUGGCCAGUUCAACGCCAUCCUGAUCUGCUUCGGCGUUUUCACGGGACAGGUGCUGGGGCUGCCCGAGCUGCUGGGACAGGAAACUAGAUGGAGCUACCUGUUUACUUUCCUCGCAUUGCCGGCGGUUCUGCAGCUGUGUGUGAUGCCCUUCCUGCCCGAGAGUCCUCGCUACCUGCUGAUAGAGAGGAGGGAUGCAGCCGGAGCAGAACGAGCUUUCCAGAGGUUGUUGGGGAAGAAAGACGUGUCUCAGGAGCUGGAGGAGGUCCAUGCGGAGUCUCGUGCGCAGGACAACAUGCACACCGCCUCUGUGCUGCAGCUGCUGCGGAGCCAGGCUGUUCGCUGGCAGCUCAUCACCAUCAUCGUCAGCAUGGCCUGCUAUCAGCUUUGCGGCCUGAACGCUAUCUGGUACUACACCAAUGGGAUCCUUCGGGACGCAGGCUUUGCCGACAACAUUAUCCCCUACAUCACCCUGACCACCGGGGCCAUAGAGACUUUAGCAGCCAUCAUCUCGGGUUUAGUGAUAGAGCGAAUCGGGAGGAAGCCCCUGCUCAUCUUUGGUUUCGUUUCCAUGGCUGUAUUCUUCAGCCUACUAACAGUGUUCCUUCAUUUCCAGGACAGUAUGUCAUGGAUGCCCUACCUCAGUUACGUCUGCAUACUGGCUGUGAUUGCGUCCUUUUGCUCUGGGCCAGGUGGCAUCCCCUUCGUGCUGACAGGGGAACUGUUCGAACAGUCCUACAGACCUGCCGCCUUCAUGAUCGCUGGAAUAGUGAACUGGCUGUGUAACUUCGCUGUGGGCCUCCUGUUUCCAUUCAUUCAAGAGGCGCUGCAGGCCUUUGCUUUCCUGGUGUUUGUGGUCGUCUGCGUCCUGGGAUCCAUCUACCUCUAUUUCGUCCUCCCUGAGACCAAAAAUAAAACAUUUAUGGACAUCAGUCAGAGCUUUGCCAAGAUCAACAAAAUCCCUGUCCCCUCCCCUGGCCAAGAGAUGGAGCUGGUCCUGUCCUGUAAGCCUGACAUGUACGGAAAGGACAUCAUUAAGAUGGAGAGCUCUUUCUAGCUUAACAAACUAAUUGUUGGUAAGCAGGGUGACAUGUGGUUUGUAUUUAUUUAAUGACAAUAGUCAAUUACAUUAAAAUCAAUCGUUUUGUUUCAAUGCAUUUUGGUAUUUUUAUAUAUUUUGUAUGACUGGAAUAUUUAGGAAUAAUAGUUUAAUUGCAAAUAAUAGCAAUUAUUUGUUUAUACCUCUUAUUACAAUUAAACAAACCAACAAGAGUUUAAUAUACAGUAUGUAACAAUCAUACAUUUCAAACACCCUUAAUAGUGGAAAUCAUUCAACAGUUACAAAAGGAAUUGUAAUGUGACUGAGGGUGGCUUGCAUACAAUGUUGAUGUGCACACUAUUAAACUUAGACCUGUA